AUGAUGCGCCAGUUUGCAGCAUAUUCCAAUGCUCAUCCAGAAAAUUUAUCAAUCAUGACUUUAAUUUCAUUAUUAUAUCAUGGUUUCCUUAGGAUUUCCGAAGCAUUAGCUCUCACAGGAAAAGAUAUUCAGGUCAUUCCGACAAGAAUUGAAAUUACUAUUAACCUUUCAAAAACUAACCAGUACGGAGAACAUGAAGUUGUUUACGUCUGUAAUGGUGAUCAAACUUAUCACCCCAGAAUCUGGUUGGCAAAGUUCAAGGAAAAAAACAAUAUUUUAGGAACAGACAACAAACUUUUUCUCUGGUCACAAAGUAAUGCAAGGAUUAUUCUUGCUCAAUUUUUUGAUAAAAAUAAAAUUGAUCCGACAAAAUACUCUACUCACUCCUUCCGCAAGGGCGCCGCGAAUGCGGCGGCCCUUGCCAAAAUCUCGGAUUCAAAAAUAAAAACAAUGGGAAGAUAG